GGUAAUUAUUGCGUUUCUUGUCCGCUCACCUUCUCCCCUAGCACCCGCGCUCGCGUUCGGACGGGGUGUCGAGCUUUCCCCGUUUUCCUAUUAUCUCCAAACACAAGGCUCACACGUUCUUCGUCCCACCCCCUCUCCUCCGCAACCUCGCCGAUUAUGCAGUUAACUUCACGACUCGCCGCCGCCGACCCAGCCCGUGCGCAACGCCUGGCAAUGAAGACUGGCGCGCGGGGUCGCAGGAAUGCUAUCUCCCUGAACGGUGCUCCUACGGGGAAGGUGAUUGAGCUGUGGAAGGAAUGGGUGACUAGGAGAUGGAAUCCGGAGGCGAAAUUCCUCAACCUUGAGCGGAUCGACGAAGACGAUUUUCUAAAGCGUAACCGCCUCACCUCGCCUACCUCUCAGGAUGCAACGAAGGAGGCACAAGUUAUCUUCAAGAUUGCGAGCCAACUCAAACCAGAGGUCGAGACUAUCUCGUUAGCCCACAACGGGCUGACCAGUGGACGUAUCAUGGUGCCUCUGGCACACUACCUACCGGAUCUCGUCAACUUGUCGCUGGAGGGGAACCGCCUUGGCGGGUGGAAAGAGAUCGACUAUAUCGCGAGCAAGCGGGGGCGCCUGCAAAAGUUGCGCGAACUCAUCCUCAGAGGCAACCCCAUGCGAGAGCUGGACUACAAGAACAACAGGGCUCAGCAGUACAAGAGCGAGAUCGCACGGCGGUUUCCAGCACUGGAAAUGCUUGACGGGGAAGCUGUUGCCAGAGUCGGUUUCGAUGCGCCGACCGCCUCCGCGUCGACGUCAACACGUCACCAUACCGUGCUCAAGUCUUUCGCUUGGAAUAUGGAGCCUUCCUUCAUCGCUGGUGUCGACGGAGCCAUCGUCAGCAAUUUCUUCGUCCGCUACUUCCCGCUCUUCGACACCCAACGAGGAGCCCUGAUCCACGCCUACGCCCCCGACGCCACUUUCUCUUUCUCUGCAAACACUGGGAUUCCUCCUCGGGCACGAAUCGAAGGCAUACAUGUCUCGAAGGAGUACCCUAAUCAGCGAAAGCUGGAGUGGGCGCCAUGGCUGAAUGGUGGACAGGGCGGAUCGCGGAACCUGGGUCGGAUAGCGGGUGGGCUGCAGAGAGUCACGCAGUCCCUACACCUGGGUAGCGAACAAGCCAUCAGGGCAAUAGUCGACCUGCCUGUCACGAGACACGAUGUCGCUGGUUCGCCCGAGAAGUUCUCCGUGGACGCCUUCCCCGUUAUGCAAGGUGAAAGGACGAACCUGCUAGUAACGGUGCACGGCCAGUUUUCCGAGCUGCCAUCCGAGGGCAUUCGAUCCUUUGAUCGAUCAUUUGUGCUUGCUAUGGCCCCGGAGGGAUCACGGGCGAAGCAGAACGGGUGGGAUGUCAUGAUUCUCUCGGACCAGCUGGUCGUCCGCGCGCUAUCGAGCUUCGACGCAUGGAGGCCCGGUCCGAUGCGCGUGCAAGCGGGGGAUUUGCUUCCGUCCGCAGGUUUGCAGAACGCCCUCCUGCCUUUGCCGGAGCUGCAGCGGGCAGUCAUGCAAGACCUCAUCCUCCGGACGCGGCUGAACCUGCAGUUCGCGGAGGACUGUUUGAAGAACAACGACUGGGAUCUCGAGCGGGCGCUCGCGAACUAUGAGCAGGUCAAGGCGACCCUCCCGGGCGAUGCGUAUCUGCCACCGGACGCAUUCAUGGCUUGAGCAUCGCAUUCUAGUCUCGGAUGGACAUGUCGAUUCGCAUGCCGCGCGGCCGGCGGCGAGCCUCGUGUAUCUUGAUCGUUCCGUCGGACUGUACGCACCGUCGCACCCCCUACAUAUUUCCCCCCUCGCCCAGUCAUCCAUCAUUAUAUCGCAAUGUAUAACCUAUAGCCCAUCCCCAUCCCGAAUCCUGAUGCAUCACCAUCACUUUGACAUCGCUCAUCGUCGUUAUCCGCUACAUAUAUUGUUUAUAAGCACUCGCCCACGCCCCUCGAGCAUCGGA